UUUUUCUUUACUAAUCAUCUCGUAUGGCGACGCGCAGGUGGGACGACGUCAACCGAAGACAGCCCGCCGUUUAACGUGAGCGCGAGACGACAUGAGCGACAGCGCUGGAAGACAUGCAGUAACUGGGACGUCAGCGUGCUGGGGGUUGGUCUCAAAAUGAAGGGCCACGGCUCCAGAUGGGCCUUCUCCCUGGGCUUCCUGGUGGGGGCCUGCAGUAUCUACUUCUUCCUGCGCCAGGUGUGGUUUGAGAGGAGCUACCCUGUGCUGUCAGGGGCUCAGGAAAGGGCUACGGCGGUGUCCGAGAGACCCAUCAGCUGGAGGCAAGAGGGAGCUGCUCUCAUCAAUCUGCUCCACCCUCACAAUGAAGAUGAAGACAGCCGAGGGGCAGAUCUGUUGUACCAGAAGGUUCGCGUUCUCUGUUGGGUGAUGACCGGACCGUAUAACCUGCAGAGCAGGGCUCGCCAUGUCAGAGCCACGUGGAGUCGCCACUGCAACGUGGUGGUGUUCAUGAGCUCCGAGGAGGACCCGGACUUCCCCACUGUGGGCCUGGGCACUAAGGAGGGCCGUGACCAGCUAUACUGGAAGACCAUCCGAGCCUUCCAUUAUGUCUACGAGCACCAUGCGAGUGAAGCGGACUGGUUCCUUAAAGCUGACGACGACACCUUCGUGGUGGUGGACAACCUGCGCUGGAUUCUGUCCAACCACACACCUGAGGAGCCCGUCUACUUCGGCAAACGUUUCAAGCCGUACACUAAGCAGGGCUACAUGAGCGGAGGAGCAGGCUAUGUGCUCAGCAAAGAGGCCCUCAGGAGAUUCGUCGACGGUUUCCGAACCAAGGCGUGCUCGCACACCACCCCCGUGGAGGACCUGGCGCUGGGGCAGUGUUUGGAGAAGAUGGGCGUUGUUGCGGGCGACUCCAGAGAUACUUUGCGUCGAGAAACUUUCCACCCAUUUGUGCCAGAGCACCAUUUAACUGGCCAGUUCUCCAAGAGCUUCUGGUACUGGAACUAUUGUUACUACCCGAUUGUUGAGGGUCCACAGUGCUGCUCUGACUUGGCAGUGUCUUUCCACUACGUGGAAGCGGAGCUCAUGUACACGCUGGAGUACUACACCUAUCACCUGAGAGCGUACGGUUACAGGCCACGCUACCGGCCCCCCGUACGCCGCGGCCUGAGCCCCGGCCCACUCUCGCACACCGUCCUCACGGCGCCACUCGAAGGGGCUCAGGGGGCGACGGGGGGGGGGAGGAGUCGUACAGCUUCAGCUUUUUCCGUUGGUGGGAACCAAACUAAAGCCAAGGUGGGGUCAGAGAAGGACGGGACGGACAAUCGCGUCGCGGGGAACAGAACUGCAGUCCCUCAGGGCAGACCCCGCUGACGGCGUGUUACGGCUGUGGUUGCUCUCCCCGCGCGGUGCGUUCGCUGAAUCAUCCUGACAGGCUUCUUCUUCUUCUUUUUUUUAAAUUUUUUUUUAUCCAAUCACAGUAUAGGUCCAGCCAGUAUGCACUUGCAGUAAUAGUGUCUAAAUCUAAAUAUAUGAUUCAAUGGCAACUCUGUAUGCCGUAGUAAUGUGAAUACAUUUUUUGUUAAUUUCAUAACUGUUUUCUUGAAGUGGAAUACAUUACUGUGUGAAUCACAUGUUCUCUUUUAUUGAUGGACGCUCUUUGUUUUUCUGCUGC